AUGCAAAGGAGUUUUGACAAUACAGGAUCUCCUACGAAUCUCCAGGAAAACCACUCCGACUCCCUCAGCAUGUGUACAGCGUCCUGUGCGAGGUCAUGUGGAUGUUUUGGUUAUAACUCUAAGAAGAAGAGGUGCCGUUUACAAAACACGUGCAACACAGUGAACCUCACGGCGUACAGCGAGGGCUGGAGAUACUAUAACCCGUAUUACGCUCUCCCAAAGGAUUGCGAAGGCAUUUUAAAAGCUACAAAAUCUCAAUCAGGUAUAUACACGAUAUACCCAUUCUCCACGGACGGAAGCGGUGUGGACGUUUACUGUGAUAUGAAGGUUGAAGGCGGGGGCUGGACGGCUAUCCAAAGAAGGCGUAGAGGAUCCGUGAAUUUCAAUACCACUUGGGACAAUUAUAAGAUCGGGUUCGGAAUCCCAGGGGAUACAUAUUGGAUCGGAAAUGACGUAAUCCAUCAGCUAACCAGGGAUGUCAUCUCCUAUCUAUACAUAAACAUCACGUUAAAGAAUGGUGAAUCGCUGUACGAGUUGUAUCACCAGUUCUCUGUGGCUGACGAAGCAGACAAGUAUAGACUGUUUCUAAAAGGACCGGCGACAGGCACAUUAGGGGACGCAAUGCUUGACACGGAGUAUGAUACAGACAAUCUCACCGGAAUGCAGUUCAGUACAUUUGACCAGCACAAUAAUCCCAUUUCCGGAUAUUAUUGUGCCAGCUAUGGCACAGGGGGAGGGUGGUGGUACAAUACCUGUUCCGCCUCACAUCUCCAUGGUUCCUGGAACGUGGCGGACUGGAGGCCCAUUUGGAACGAUAAAGUGAAAAAUAUGACGGUUGUGAAGGAGACUUUAAUCAUGAUUAAAAAACAUCCCUAA